AUGGAGUCUGCAGAGGAGAAAGCGCUUUUGUCAACAUUGGAAAGGUUUAAGUUUGAUAUUAAGUUGAAGGAGGAGCAGAAAAAUAUUAUAUUUAAUAUUUUAAAGAAGAAAGAUGUAUUCGCUUUGCUGCCAACAGGAUUUGGUAAAUCCAUGACUUACAUUUUGGUACCGUUGAUUGCUGACGAGCUAAUGGGAGGUGCGCCAAGACACACAGCCUUAGUAAUAUCUCCUUUGAAAGCGCUGAUGAGGGACCAGGUUGAAUUCCUGGAGCAGCACAACGUGAGUGCAGUUGCGUUGAUGGAUGACACUAAAAACCAAGACGUCAUGGACAAGCAUUAUAGUGUCAUUUAUGCAUCACCAGAGGCAGCAAUACACCAGAGAUGGAGAAAGGUCCUGAGGGAUAACCUAAAGCCAAAAGUCUGUGUGCUAGUGUUUGAUGAGGCACAUUGUAUUUCAUCAUGGGGACUGGACUUCAGACCAGCGUAUAGACAGGUUUGCAGUUUACAAAGCAUAAUAAACACCAGCACCCUUGUUCUAACUGCAACAGCAACAAGAAAGAUCCAGGAGGACAUUUAUGAGACUCUCGGAUUUCAAACAGAAUCAACAAAAGUAAUUGCAGUCCUGCCAGAUAG